AUGGCCACAAAAACUACUCACACAUUCAAGACCGUCGGUUCAGUCGACAUAAAAGUCGAUGUCUAUACCAGAUCCUCAGAUGCCGGCAGCGUGAAAUACACUCCAAGUUCACCAGUAGUCCUCUUCAUCCACGGCGGAGGCUUCGUUGCAUUCGACCGCUCUCAUCUUGGUCCAAGCAUUGUACAAUCUGCUCUCAAGCGUGGAUGGCCACUGGUCAGUACCGAUUACCGCAAGCUGCCACAGAUCAGCGGUAAAGAAAUGCUGGAAGAUAUCCAGGAUGCAUAUUCCUUUGUCAGAGAAGACCUCCCGGGAAUUCUGGCCGGCACGGAAGAGAAGCUGCCGCCGUUCGAGAAUGUUAUUGUUGUAGGACAAAGUGCUGGCGGAUACCUGGCCUAUCUCUGCGGCCACUUCAAAGAACAUCGUCCGAUAGCUAUACUCAGCUACUAUGGCGUAACCACCACUUCCGACGAGACAUUCAAGCGGAAACUAGACCCGUCAAAACCCAAGAUUCUUCAAGCUGACAUACAGCAUUUCCUCGAUGAGCCCGUCAGCGUCGGGAGUACUCCUGCGGCAGCGGCGUUCCAUCCGAAAUCUCUGCUGUCUGAUCUAAGUCGGAAUCCGGAUUUCGUUUUGCCUGCUAGAGAAGAAGACCAUCCUACGCAUGCUAGACAGCAAGUUUUGCCGUGGUUUCUGCAGGAGAAGAUGUUUUCGUCGUUUAUGGAGGGUGUAGAUCGAAGCCUCGAUGAUCCGAGUUGGAAGGAUUUCGUACCGACGAUUGUGGUGCAUGGAGAUGCGGAUUAUCCGGUUCCUUUGCAAGCUUCUGUUAAUCUAACGAAGGUCGUUGGACCGACUCCUGCGAAAUUAUUUGUUGCGAAAAAUGCGAAGCAUGCGUUUGAUGAGCCGCGCUAUGUUGGUGAUCCUGAGAUAGCGGUGGUUGAAGAAGCCUGGGCAGCUCUGGAAGAGGUGGUGAACUCCAAGCUAAAUGGAAGUGGAUGA